UGCAUCGCUCCGCCUCAGUAGUAACCUACGGCGGGUAUUUCCACGCUACUAUGUUUUGCGUUCAAACAUGCGUAUAUUUUGAACGCUCUGCAUGAAGUUAAUGUGUUUUUACGGUCUUUUAUUUUGAGUGUGUUCGUUUCUGUUUGAAAUCUUGAAGCACUGACUUAGUGAAGAGUGAGACAGACAAUAAUGAAAGUAACAGACCCGGCUACAGUGCCCGCGCUGCUCGUGAACUGUGCGCUGAGCGCGUGCUCAGGUCUGGACAUCACCGCUGUCACUCUGUGAGGGAUGUGGCGGGAGCUUUAUAUCAUUCUGCAGGAAACCGGCACGCGCACAAGCUACCCUCGCAGACUAAUUUCAUAACCAUAACCUGUAAAUAUAGUAGUGUUAAUCUGUAAGUAUGGAGAAGGUCGGUCUGCUCGUGCUGCUCUUUAUCCUGACGUCCAGUUUGACAAACGCCGCCAAACUCAACAUACCUAAAGUUUUAUUACCUCUCGCCAGAAGCACAAAAAUUAAUUUUACACUGGAAGCAACUGAGGGAUGUUAUCGAUGGUCAUCCAACCGGCCGGAGGUGGCCAGUAUCGAGGCUGUGGAUGUGGAUGAGCGUCAGUGCUCUCACAGGGCGGUUCUGCAAGCCCGCUCGACUCAACCGUCCAGACUUACCAGUAUCAUCCUCGCUGAGGACAUCUUGACGGGACAGGUACUGCGAUGUGAUGCUAUAGUGGACGUCAUCAGUGAGAUCCAGAUCGAGUCGACCACACGAGAGCUUCAUCUGGAGGACUCUCCACUGGAGCUGAAGAUCCAUGCGCUCGAUUCAGAGGGAAACACCUUCAGUACUCUGGCCAGUCUGCUGUUUGAGUGGACCAUCGUGAAGGAUGCCGAAAUGGCAGGUUUCCCUGACUCCUACAACACCCUACGGAUCCUGCGCUUUGCAGAGUCGGCAUACACUCCUCCUGGAUACAUCUCUGAGAUGGAGCGCGUGGGACAUCAGGGAGACAUCGUCCUGGUUUCAGGAAUCAAAACCGGCCAUGCCAAACUCAAAGCCAAAAUACAGGAGUCAAUCUAUAAGGAUGUUGGUGCUGCUGAGGUCAGAUUGCUGAUCCUGGAAAACAUCCUCUUGAGUCCUGCGUACGACGUUUAUCUGCUCGCAGGCACAUCUAUCAAAUAUAAAGUGCAGAAAAUCCGUCAAGGAAAGAUAACAGAGCUUUCCAUGCCUUGUGAUCAGUAUGAGCUUCAGCUUCAGAACAGUGCAGUCGCCCCUAAUGGAAACUUAAACACCCCUGUCGCAAACCUGGACCAGAGCAGCUCGACAGUGUUUGCCCUUCAACACGGACACACCAACAUCUUGCUGGACCACAAGAGUCUCGGGAUGCAGGGAGCUUCUCGUCUGCCCAACAGCACCAUCUAUGUCGUGGAGCCUGGAUACCUGGCAUUCAAGAUUCAUCCAGAGGAUCGCUGGGUCCUUGAGACGGGGAGGAAAUAUGAGAUCUUCAUUGAAGUGUUCGAUAAGUCGGGGCACAAGAUUUAUCUGUCUGAUAACAUCCGUAUAGAAACCACAUUCCCUGCGGAGUACUUUGAGGUCCUGGAGUCGUCUGUUAAUGGGUCUUACCACCAUGUGAAAGCUGUGAAACAGGGUCAGACAGUCAUUGAUGGCACACUGAAAGCAGUCGUUGAUCAAGCAGGAAGUGUCCACGCGCUCUCAGUUCCUGUGCGUAACGAGCAGGACGUGGAAAUCUACGACCCAAUCGUCCUCACACCGGCCAUCCUGACGUUUCCAUGGCAACCCAAAGAGGGAGCGUACCAGUACAUUAUAAAGGCUACUGGAGGAAGCGGGAACUUCAGCUGGUCGUCCACUAACUCAGCAGUGGCCACAGUGACAGUAAAAGGUAUGAUGACCACGGUUAGAGAUGUUGGAGUCAGUGUGAUCUACGCCCAUGACAUGAGAAACCCACUGCACUACGGAGACAUGAAGGUGUAUGUGAUUGAGCCGGUGGGGAUGGAGUUCAGCCCCUGUGCGGUGGAGGCUCGUGUGGGCCUGCAUCUGGAUCUGCCCCUGCGAAUCUUCGGUCAGCUGGGGGACGAGAGGGUGACACUCAGCGACUGCUCACACUUUGAUAUGCAGGUGGACAUGGAGAGUACCGGCGUCUUCCAGAUGUUGGAGGGUAGACUUCCCCCAGGUCAGAGCCACUGCAGCGGGAUCCGAGUUAAGGCAUUGAUCCCCGGUUACACUACCCUGCUGGUUAGCUAUACCCAUAGUAAUGUUCACCUCAGCGCAAAGAUCACCAUUGCUGCCUACCCGCCUCUCAAGCCGAUUGACCCCGUGUCUGUGGCUGUGGUGACGUUGGGAUCCUCCAAAGACAUGACCUUUGAAGGAGGCCCCAGGCCCUGGGUGCUGGAGCCCUCCAAGUUCUUCAGAAACCUGACGGCUGAGGACCACAGCAGUGUCUCGCUGGCUCUGUUCGGACCCGCCGCUCGCACCUACUCCACUCAUUUGGUCAGAGCCACAUGUCGAGCUCUCGGAGAGCAGGUCUUGGCGGUGACCGUUGGGAACCAGCCCACCGUGACAAACCCUUUCCCUGCUGUGGAGCCGGCUGUUGUCAAAUUUGUGUGCGCUCCUCCGUCACGUCUUACUCUGACCCCCAUUUACGUGAACCCACAGCUGGACGUGUCCUGCCCUCUGCUGCAGCAGAACAAGCAAGUGGUACCCGUUUCAAACUAUCACAACCCAGAGCUGGAUGUGGCGGCGUUUGAUGAGCAGGGCAGGAAGUUUGAUAACUUCAGCUCUCUGAGUAUGAUCUGGGAGUCCUCUAAAGUUUCCCUGGCGAGCAUUGAACCCACCAUGCCCAUGCAGCUACACGUACACGAGGACAACAAACAGAAGAAACUUCAUGGUCAUCAGACUGUUCUUGUUCAUCAUGAAUCGGGUGUUGCAGGCAUCACUGUGACAGCGGUGGGCUAUCAGACGUCCCAUCUAGAGGCAGCAAUGGUUCUGAGUGGAUUUGAUCCUUUGAGUGCCGUCUCUGCCACGCUUGAUCUUCUGUUAGUGGAGGAUGUGAGGGUCACUCCUGACACCGUCACCAUAUACAACCAUCCUGAUGUGGCGGCAGCUCUGACUCUCCAGCAGGGCUCUGGUUAUUUCUUUGUCAAUGCAAGCGUCGGAGGAGUCGCAGACGUCACAUUUCAGGAGUCCCAGGGAAUUGCUCAGGUGGUCCCACUUCAGGCGGGGGUGUUGCAGGUGAUGGUUCAUGACCUUUGCUUGACCUUUCCUUCUCCUGCUAAGGCUACGGUUCAUAUCUCUGACAUUCUGGAGGUUUAUGUGCGUGUGGUGGACAAGGUGGAGAUUGGAAAGUCGGUCAAAGCGUAUGUCCGUGUGUUGGAUGGCAACAAGAAGCCUUUCCUCUCCAAAUAUUUCUCCGUCAUGAACCUGAAGCUGAGGGCAGCGUCCUCCAUUAUAUCUCUGCAAACCCUGCCUGAUUCAUCAGAGGAGGAUACGGCCACGUUUCUGGUCAAAGGAUUGGUGAUCGGACAGACCAGCGUGUCUGCUUUCAUCAUAGACAAAAACGGCAGAAAAAUCACCUCUGCACCACAGCAAAUAGAGGUGUUUCCUCCGUUCAGGCUGCUGCCAAGGAAAGUCACUGUAAUAGUCGGAGCAAUGAUGCAGAUCACAUCAGAAGGAGGACCUCAGCCGCAGUCCAACAUCCUCUUCUCUCUGUCCCAUCAACACAUCGCCUCCGUCAACAGCUUGGGGCACGUUCAAGGUCUGGCAGUGGGCAAUAUGACCGUAACCGGCGUGGUCCAGGCGGUCGACACUGAGACGGGCAAACUAGUGGUAGUGUCAAAGGAUCAAGUUGAUGUUGAGGUGGUGCAACUGAAAGCCAUCCGAAUCAGAGCUCCGAUCACCAGGAUGAAGACGGGAACGCUGAUGCCGGUGUAUGUGAUGGGGCUGACCAGCAGUCAGACGCCGUUCGCUUUCGGGAACGCUCUGCCUGGACUGACCUUUCACUGGUCCGUGACUAAGAGAGACAUUCUGGACGUUCACACACGCCACGCUGAGGCAUCUGUACAGCUCAGUGCUGAGCACAACUUUGCCAUGAGUGUGUUUGGUAGGAGUAAAGGGCGCACGGGCCUGAGGGUGGUGAUGAAGGCCAUCGUUCCUCUGUCUGGACAUCUGGAGGACGAUGCCCUCGAACUCCAUGAUGAGAUACAGAUUCAGGUUUAUGAGAAGCUCCAGCUUUUGAACCCCGAACUUGAAGCUGAGCAGAUACUGAUGUCCCCAAACUCCCUGCUGAAACUCCAAACCAACAGAGAUGGCGUGGGGUCUCUGUUGUACCGUGUGCUGGAUUGUCCUGACAGAGCAGCUCUCGUACAGGUGGAUGAUAAAGGUCACCUGACCUCCGGCUCUAUGACAGGAACCGCUUCUCUACAGAUUAGCGCACAGGAAACUUUCGGCGUCAAUCAAACCGUCAUCAUCGCUGUAAAGGUGGUGCCUGUAUCGUAUCUGCGCCUGAGCACUAGUCCAGUGAUCUACACCUCUAACAGAGAAACUGUGUCCGCCAUCCCACUGGGAGCCAUUCUGACCUUCACCGUUCAUUUCCACGACAGUACAGGAGAAACCCUGCACAGCCACAACUCCAUGCUCAGCUUCUCCACCAACAGGGAUGAUUUGGUGCAGGUCAGCAAGGGUUUGAGUAACGGCACGCUGACGAUGAGGACGGUGAACGUGGGUCUGACUCUGCUGGGUGUUUGGGACUCGGAGCAGGCCGGACUCGCCGAUUUUCUCGCACUGCCUGUCCAACAUGCCAUUCAUCCAGCGCAAGCCCAGCGGCUGGUCGUGGGAGACGUUGUGUGUUUUUCUGCACAGUUCAUCAAUCAAGACGGAGCGUUGGGUGUGUGGAGCUCUUCUUCCAGCGCUCUGCUUGAGGUUGAACCCAGGACUGGAGCAGCAGUAGCCAGGGACAAGGGCACGGUCACUGUUUAUUAUGAGAUAGCAGGUCUACUGCGCACCUACCGAGAGGUUUUAAUUGAAGGUGCGUCUCGGACGUCUUCCAUGACUCCUUCAGUGAAGAAAGAGCGAGAUCUUAAAGUCUUGAUGUCAACCAGAGAAGCAGGAAACAACCUCAUCGGAAGCUGCUCUUCCUCCCAGCUGGACAGCAUUGCUCUGCUCCACCCAGAGUCCUCCAUCAGCUGCCAGCUCCAGUUUACCAGCAGCGCUGUGGAUUUCUCCGCUCACGACGUCUACCACACACACACUGCAUUCGACGCCAGCACAGGUUACUACAGCUGUGCGCUGAGCUUUAAGCCCAUGAGUGAGCAGCAGGUGAAGGUGUUGAGCAUGUCCAUGACUGAGGUGGAGGUGACGGCCGCCGUACAGGGAGCUCACUUCAUUGGAGAGCAGAUCAGCGCUCGACUGCCCGUCAAUCCGGGGAUCUACGCUGAUCAGACGGACAUCAUCCUGAGUAACCAGCACACGUCUGCGGAUCUCACCAUAUACGGGUCCACAGCCGCUCUUCAGCAGCUAGAAGUGAAGAGCAGUUCUCCUGUGAUUGCGAUCGAAGAGAAGGAGGUUUCUCUGAGCUUCCCGAGCUACGCCAGAUACACAGUUCGAGUAGUGAACCCUCAGGGAGCGCUGACCGCCUCAGUGUCUGUAAGCAGCUCAUCCAGUGAUCAGGUGCUGCUCAUCCCAGUGUCUGUCAUGCAUCUAACCGCCAGCAGCACUUCUGUGCAAGCUCAUAUGGUAGAGGGAGCGGACGGGCCCAACAUUUUCCAGCAGUUUAUUGACUCCUAUCAAGUGAUGUUCUUCACUUUAUUCGCUCUUUUGGCUGCCACUGCUGUCGUCAUCAUCGUUUGCCAUGCCUUGUUUUCCCCGAGAGAUCCUGUCAAUCAUCCAGCAUUCAUCCAGAAGACUCCGCCUCCUGCAGGUGUAGCAAAGCUGACUGAAAGCCCCUUCAGCAACAGUGUGAGUUCAGACCUGAAGGGAAGCCCCAGACUGCGCCUGUAUUCUCCAGAUUACAGCUCUAGAUGAGCUCUCUCCAAUCUGAAGACUGAAUCAAGUGCCUUACUAUUGAACGCAGGAGUAAAAGCGUGCAGGAGUACUUCUUACUUGCUUCAUAUCUUUCUUUUCUGUUUAAAUAUGUUGGCUGAAUGAGGCGUAUGUGAUUGAAUAUGGCAGGGCCGUGUGUUGAUGUCUUUGCUUAUUUAACUGUUUGCUGUGCACUCGUUUUAUUGUUAUUUUCAGCUUUUUCCCGUAGUUUUCAUCGCUCAAGAUGGUCUGAUUUUUUUACCGAUUCGUGUUUUUGUUUGUUUUGAAGCUCAGGACGACCUUUCAGACUUACUGCUCGAUUAUGUAGCAUGUUGUUUUGUGAAAAGUGCAACCACUGAUUCCGUCCGAAGUGCUCUUAUACAAGCUGUGCAGACAUUUAACGGCCAGUCAUUUGAUUUUUGUGAACGAUGUAUUGAUUCGAAAUACUCUGAAUAACUCUUUGGAGUUAAGUGCAGCUUCUUUCAGUUGAUGAUGUGAAUGUUAAAUGAUUAAGGGCUCAUUUCUGGUUACGAAUUGAUUUACGAUAAUAGUGAAUAUAUAUUCUUUGGCUAAAGUAAACGGUCAAGUGGACGACUGUCAACAAAGCUGUUUGCAGUUGAAUUGAAGUUUCAGUCCCACAGUAGAUAUUAUUAUGACUGUGAGUUUUGCUUUAAGAAUAUGUGACUUUUUGACUAAAUAAUAGCCUCGUGAAGCUUUUUGAGUGAGACCGAAGCGCUGUUUAAACAAUGUUUUUCUUCGUGUUUGUUUCUUUGUAGGCAAGAGCCAUAAUGUGACUGCUGCACUGAUUGAAAUGAGGCGUUGUGAAAUCUGUCAUAAGCUUUGAGUUGAAUCUUUGUAAACGUGUCUCUGCUUAUGUCAGUCAUACCUCCCUCAGAGAGUUAAUAGCUUCUUUCUUUUAUUUACAGUCUGCUUAUUUUGCAGCAUGCUUGUGAUCUAUAAACAAUAAAUAUGUUUUUUUUUUAAGUAUCACCUAU